AUGACAACGAGAUUAUCAAUAGUAGAAACUGAUAAUUCUUGGCAUGCGUCAACAGAUGACAUUCUAGCUGAUAUUAUUAACCGUUCAUAUACAGAUCCUAAAAGAAAUAUAUUUCAACGGAUAAUUGACUCGUUCAAACGUGCCCCAUCUUCUAAAAAUACUUCAAUCGAAAUGGAAGAAACAACAUCAGAAGGUGAUCAAAAUGGUUUGCAUCGAAAAUUAAAAAAUCGACACUUACAAAUGAUUGCUAUAGGUGGAUCAAUAGGCACUGGUCUUUUUAUUGGAUCUGGUUUAGCUUUGGCCAAUGGUGGACCAGCUGCACUCGUUCUUUGUUUUGUCACCAUCGGCUGCAUGCUUUUCAAUGUCUGCAUGGCACUUGCAGAACUUAGUGUUGUAUUUCCUGUUUCAGGUUCAUUUGCUGCGCAUAGUUCUCGGUUUCUUGAUCCUGCCUGGGGAUUUGCGAUGGGAUGGAAUUACGGUAUGGGAGGUUUAUUGACUAUGCCACUGGAACUAACAGCCGCAGGACUCGUUAUCAACUAUUGGACAACGUCGAUUAAUGUUGCUGUAUGGAUUACUAUUUUCCUAAUUGCACUUCUUAUUAUCAAUUUAUUCGGUGUUCGUGGCUAUGGAGAAGUUGAAUUCUUUAUGUCUCUCGUCAAAGUGAUUGCAGUCAUUGGAUUCAUUAUUCUUGGUAUUGUUCUUAUUUUUGGCGGUGGUCCACAUCAUGAAUAUAUAGGAGGAAGAUAUUGGCGUGAUCCAGGUUCAUUUGCCAAUGGGUUUAAAGGUGUGUGUUCUGUUUUUGUUGUAGCAGGUUUUGCUUUUGGAGGUACGGAGUUAGUUGGAUUGGCGGCAGCUGAAACAGAUAAUCCUAGAAAGACUAUUCCAGCAGCAACAAAACAAGUCUUUUGGAGAAUAAGCAUAUUUUAUGUUGUAUCAUUAACAAUAAUUGGCUGUUUGGUACCUUACACAUCGAAACGUCUUUUGAGUGGAACGUCAUCCUAUGAUGCUUCAGCAUCACCGUUUGUCAUUGCUAUUGAAAAUGCUGGUAUUAAAGUAUUACCUUCGAUUUUCAAUGCCGUAAUACUUUGUGCUGUACUUUCAGUUGGUAAUGCUUCUAUUUAUGGAGCAUCUCGUACUCUAUGUGCACUUGCAGAAAAUGGUCAAGCACCAAAAAUAUUCAGCUAUAUUGAUCGUAAAGGUCGUCCAAUUUCGGCUGUCGUCUUAUCAAUGCUCUUGGGAUUAAUUGCUUAUAUUAAUUGUACAAAAACUGGCACACAAGUGUUUAGUUGGCUAUUAAGUUUGGGAGGUUUAUCUACUUUUUUCACCUGGGGUUCUAUAUGUGCAUGUCACAUAAUGUUUCGAUUAGCAUGGAAAGCACAAGGUCAUACUUUGGAUGAACUAGCUUUUAAAGCGCCUUUAGGUAUUUGGGGAAGUUGUUUUGGUCUUCUACUCAAUAUUUUGUGUCUCAUUACACAAUUCUAUUUAGCUGUGUUUCCAUUAAAUUCUCCUUCAAGUGCCAAAGCAUUUUUUGAAGCGUAUCUUGCUGCUCCUAUUAUUCUUACCUUCUAUAUAGUAUGGAAAAUAUGGAAAAGGACACCAUUUAUGCGACCUAGUACCAUAGAUCUAGAUACUGGAAGACGUUUAAUCGACGCGCAACAGCUGACGGACGAAGAAAAAGUAGAACGCAACAAUUGGCCUAUAUGGAAAAGAAUAUUUCAUAUAUUCUUCUAA